AUGCAUGAAGUUGUCUACUCCCGCGCAGACAAAGGCAAUGCGGUCGUCAUCAUGGACAAACAGGAUUACGACAACAGAGUUCGAGACAUGAUAGUCAAUGGUCCAUAUGAAGAAUUUAUUUUCAAAAAUGGUAAACCAAAAGAUCCACUCAAUACGAUGAUAGAGGAAGCCAACGCCGUAAGACAGAAAGUCGCCCUCCUGAUGGGGGAUACCAAAUUAGAAAGAAAAUUUCUUGUCCCGAACCCGAAAGUCGCUUCUCUCUAUUGCUUGCCGAAAAUCCAUAAAAACCCGAUAGCUAUGAGACCCAUCUCUUCAAAUAUAAAUACACCUACGGAAAAAAUGGCAGCAUGGUUGGUGGAAGAAAUGAAAAAGUACCCUGUGAAGCAUGGUAAGAGUGUAAAAAAUUCAGUGGAACUGGUCGAGCGCCUAAAAGGAUUUAAAGUGCGUCGAGGCGAAAUAUUAGUUUCUUUCGAUGUCUCCGCACUUUUCCCCAGUGUACCAACUUCGGACGCCCUCAACAGCUUACGGGGGCACUUGGAACGCCGCCGGGUGCCUCCCAACGAAAUAGAUGCCUACCUGGCAGUUGCAGAAGUAUGCAUGAAGCAAAACUUCUUCAUAUUUCGGGGUAAGUUUUUUAAACAAACCUUUGGCCUCAGCAUGGGCAGCAAACUAUCCCCACUUUUGGCUGAAGUUUUUAUGAGCGACUUGGAAGCAGAUUUGGAGAAAAGUGAAAGACUUUUCCCACGUGUCUGGUGGCGCUACGUCGAUGACAUCCUUGCCUCGGUAAAGGAGCGUUAUCUCACACAGACAUUAGAGCUUCUAAACUCCAAACACAGGUCGAUAAAAUUUACAGUAGAAAAAGAAGUUGAGGGAAAACUCCCUUUCCUUGAUCUCCUAAUCUCAAGGAAAGAGGACAACACCAUCAAAUUUGGAAUAUAUCGAAAACCAACCUCAACCGACCGAUACAUAACAGCAGAUUCCAACCACUUCGGUGCCCAAAAACAAGCCGCCUUCCAUUCCAUGGCGCACCGCCUGUACAAUAUCCCCAUGGAAAAGGAAGAUUUUGAAGAAGAAAAACAUAAAAUCCUUGAGGCAGGUUUUUUGAACGGUUUUGACAACCAAUUUGUACUCAUAAUUCUCCGAAAACAUGCCCGAAAAAAGUACCGAAGUGAUGCUACCACUUUCAGGCCAGAGAAAGAAGAGCCCUACAGAGUUAGCCUGCCGUUGCACCCAAAACUAACUAAUGGGAUAACAAAAAUCCUUUCUCAACACGGUCUGAAAACAGCAUACAAGAGCGGCAACACCCUUAAGGAUCGGUUGGUCUCCUUGAAGGAUAAGAUCCCGCAGGAUGAGAGAUCCGGAAUCUAUGAAAUUCCCUGUGAGAGUUGCCCAGCUGUUUACAUUGGCCAAACUCGUCGCAAAUUUAAAGUUCGACUUAAAGAACAUCGGAAUGCUGUAGACAACAACAGGGUCAAUGAAUCCAGCGUAGCCGCCCACGCAACGGAAAUGGAUCACUCCAUAAACUGGGAAAAAGUGAUCUAUAGGAAAUGCGUAAGAAAAGCCUCACAUUUGAACGCUUGGGAGUCGAUGUUCAUUAGUACUUCCGAAAAACCGCUAAUGAACGAAGAUGACCCACCAAUUAUGUCGCCGCUUUUCACCUUCACCAAAAGGAAAAUCUCAUAA